AAGAUAAUUGAUAAUAAAUUAUCUUAUUCCUCUAUUACAGGACUCGAAUUCAUACCGGAAUUUGCUUGCAGCACGUGCCGGUGCUGACUUUGAUGAAGACCUUGCUGUAACCCGUCAUUCCCGUUUGGUGACGCCGGUACCAGAGGAUUCUUACCGGGAUUUGCUUGCAGCACGUGCCGGUGCUGACUUUGAUGAAGACCUUGCUGUAACCCGUCAUUCCCCUUUGGUGACGCCGGUACCAGAGGACUCAAAUUCAUACCGGGAUUUGCUUGCAGCACGUGCAGGUGCUGACUUUGAUGAAGAUUUUGCUAUGACCCGGCAUUCGCCAUUGGUGACGCCGGUACCAGCAUACCGUACUGAGAACCUAGAUGAGAGCCCGAAAUCUUCAUUGGUGGAUACAAUAUUUAAAAAGGAUUCAAAUUCAUACCGAGAUUUGACUGCAGCUCAUGAUAAAGACACAGAACUGGUUAAUAUAACAGAUGUGACGCCAUAUAGAAGGCGAGGCUUUCCAGCUCGUCUCUCUUUUCUCGUAAAUAGAGGUGAACAGAACAUCAGCUUAAACCUUACUAGGAACAGACAGUCCCCGAAAAUAAAACGAUUAUAUGGAAAGAACAUAAAAGUAUACCGAGAUUCACUCCAUGGAGGGGAGUACUUAGUUAAUUUGACUCGGAGUAAUAAUGGACGCUAUCUAAGGACACUGAAUGGACUUUUCAAUACUAGUGGAGAAAAUGUUCUCUUAAGACCUCUUCCAUUGAAUGCUUCGGUCGUCAAACGAAAAAUGAGACUGUUUCGAAAGAAAGUUUCUGUACCAUAUAUCUUGAAGAGAGUAAAUAAAAAAGAAACAAAGAAAGGCAUUGUUAAAGGUAAACAUGCACGAAGAAUCAACAUACUAAAGAUGUUGGAACGGGCAGGCAAUACGAAUUUUCCCCUGCCUACGAUUAACCUUCCCACAGUCAACUUGCCAACUUCUCAAAAACCAGAGGAAACGACUUCGGUAUCGCCGACGACAACUGAGGUAUAUCCUACUGACUCUCCAGAUCAGUGUACAGAUCAUUAUAGGCAAUGUCCAACAUGGCUCGAACAACAUUAUUACAAUGAUUAUAAGAAAUUCUGUGACCGAGAUGGCUACGAUUCGUGGUGUUGUGAAACAUGUCUUGAGUGGGAGUCCGGGUCAGGGUCAGGUGGAUGUCCAGAUACAGGAUACAGUGAUUCCAUGUGUGAAGAUCUUCUCAGAUGGGGUGUAAAUAACGAUAAAGAAUUAUUGUGCGAUCUCUUUAGUACAGAAUGCUGUCGCACAUGUACUGAUGAAGACAAUGAUGACAAUGAUAAACAGGAACCAGGCAACUGUGUAGAUAAAGGGUAUGGAAGCUCCACAUGUGCCGAUCUCCUAGAUUAUGGUACAGAUGGUGAUUUGGAUGAACUGUGCAGAUAUUUUUCAGAAGAAUGUUGUAACACAUGCUCUGGAAACCCAAGAAGAAAUCUUUGAGUAACAAGUUCACAAGAAAAGUUCAUGACAUCUUGACUGAGUGGUGUAUUCGGGAUAUACCCUGACUGUUGCUAGAACACCAAGAACCUUAUGAAAGAUGUUUAAUAUUGCAUUAGGCCUAUUUGAAGAAAUUCUAUUCUUUAAAUUAAAACUGGUGUUAAUAUCAUUUAAGAUGAUCGUUUAAUUAUAAUUUGAACAGUCCUUCGCAUUUGUGCCUUAGAUUUUUGUCUUUGUUAACCUUAAUUUCUCAAAAAUUAUUAAAGAUAUUCACUUUAAACUUACUUGUUUACUGAAAAAUUGGAAUGUAUAUUUAAAGGGAAGAUAGUUCUGAUGAGCAUUUUGCUUAAUGCCCUUUAACUCAAAAACCAUCACAGAUAUAUUCAAUUUAAACUUGAAUUACUUUUUGAACAUCAAUAUGGGGGGAUAUUCCGAGGUAACUUGGCUUUUAUCAUACUAUCGAGGACUAGAAAAGUGGAGCGUUCUGUUCCUCGGGCAGCUCUUGAUUUAAUUAUUAUUUUGUAUUGUUUCGCUUUACUUUAUGUUGAAAAACAGCAUUUAUUGUAUCAAUAAAAUAUCAAAACUUA